AUGGCUCUCAUUCAGUCAACCUUGAUAUGGGUUGUUUACGCCGUUGUGGUUGUCCUCGUCGUUGCAAUAGCUUCCAUCUUCGUCUACCUCUACCAGGCUCCCAAUGAACGAUCUGCUACUGUGACCAUAGUGUCCAUCUUUACACUCACCUCAUUACUUGCCACGGUGCUACUUUUACCGGUGGAUGUGGCGCUGGUCUCGUCUACUACCUCUUCAAAGCAUGGCAUCAGGAAAGAUUGGGCUACCCAGAACCAAGUCGACAACAUAAAGCUCACCUUACGAAUCGUCUACUACACCCUAUUCUCUCUAGAUGCAUUACUCUGUCUGGUUGUCGUACCUUUCACCUACUUCUGGCAUGAAGAAUACGAUGAGGUCGCGUCUGAGGAAGGUCAACAGACAAUCGGCUCAAGGUUCUGGGGGGCUUUCAGGUACACCAUUGCAUUCAUUGCCUUGGUCAUUAUCAUCUUCCUAGUGGGCUUCUUUGUGCCAAUUGCAAAGGAUCGCAAGGGUGGUCAUUAUGAUCUAGACUUUUUCAAGCACAUUAUCGAGGAUCAGAACCAUGGAGAACGUGCCUUGACUUUCGCUCUUGGACUGCUCAUCACCAUUGGAACCUUGAUAUACGCCCUCUACACCGCUGCAGGCUUCGCUCUACUUCCCGUUGCAUUAAUCAAGUCGGCACCAGCAAUAUCGGCGCCAACAUUAAGCGCGAAUACGGCCUCUGAGCUGGAACAAAACCGCGAGCGCCAGCGACAACUUGAAAUGCGCAGUGAAGGCCGGGAAGAUGGACUACCUGCAAAGGAUCGCCGCGAACUCGACGCCCUCGUCAGAGAAGAGCGGACUCUCGUCCGCCGUGAGCGCUUGGCAGCAGAGGCUAGCGGAGAGGGCCAGGGUUGGCUUCUCAGAGCCUGGACGAAGAUAGAGGCUGUGUUCCGCCCUCUGAAGCUAAUAGGUGGCAUCUUGUUGCUGCUAGUGGCAGUCUUUGUCUGGGUGUGCAUGCUCCUCACGUUCAUCGACAAGGCGAAAAACUCGAUCUGCAAAAGCCACUGCGGGUACGUACUGGGCCACAACAAGAUCUUCAACCCGAUGAAUUGGAUCUUCGUCAAGUCUGCCAAAAUCUUCCCAAUCGACUACGUCAUCUUCCUCCUCCUGGUGCUCUUCUUUUUCUUCAGCUCCGUUGUCGGCAUGGCAUCAAUUGGUAUCCGAUUCCUCUGGCUCAGGAUUUUCCAGAUUCGGAAAGGCCGUACUUCACCUCAAGCGCUACUUCUCGCUACAAUCUUGCUGACGUUGAUGGCACUGGCAAUUCAAUACUCCGUGGCCAUGUUGGUCGCCCCACAAUACGCCCACUAUGGCCCGCAAACGUUCUGCGAUCGUCCACUCAGGCAUCCUGAUGAUCAGCCUGACUGCACAAAUCACAGAAAGGCCAUCAAGCCUUGCUCGGAAGUGUCUACUUCUCAGGCUGCCGCGAAUGUCUGCACUGCUAGUGUACUCAGUACCUUCAUUGACAGCAUCACAAUCGACUUCUCUUUCUUCGGUGAUGUGACCUUCUGGGCUCAGAUCGCAUUCUUAGCUGUGUACUUCGUUAUUUUCCUUCUAUCGCUGUUCCGGACCCCCAAGCUGAAUGCGUAUCAGCUUGAUCAGGAUCUUGAGGAGGACGAAGAGGAAGGCCUACUUGCCAGCACGGGUAGAAGGUUUGGAGCGACUUGGCAAGACAUCACCGGGAAAGCGAGGAAACCAACUGGCGGUGCAGUAAGAGGCCGUGAGACUAUUGAUCGGGAUGACGAGGAAUGA